GAAUUAUCCCAAGAUGAACGAGAACAUCGCCCUACAAAGAGUAACUCUCAGAACUUUAGAACCAACCAUUUUCAAUGGACUAAUUGUUGGAGUAAUAAUUGCUAAACAAGAAACAAGACAAUUCACCGAUUCCAAGUCCACGCAAGCUGGAACCAGCAGAGCAGUAUUAAACUUUACGCUCCGAGAUUCCCCACAGGAUUUUAUCAACGUUACGUACUGGGGAAAAUUUGAAGCAAUCUGCGAGGUUGAGGACAAUUUUCACAUAGGGGAUGUUGUAGAAAUAAUCAGACCACAAAUUGUGAUCCGAAAAUUCAACGACUAUGGCGAACAAUUCCGACCCAAAGUAACGUCACCAUUUUCCCUCAUUAUGAACGAUUUAUCCAAUAUCCUGCAUCACGAAGGCGAUAACGUUAACAGAUACAAGGAAUUAUUACGCUUACCAACAAAACCACCUGGUUUUGUACCUAUUAGGGACCUCCAUAAUGGUGGAAUUUCCAUCAAAGAUACCUUUGCAGAUAUAUUAGGUGCUGUUGCUUUCGCUAGUAACGUAAGGAUGGUAAAAUUAAAAAAUGGAAGUGAAGCGCCAGUGAUCGAUGUGAUUUUGUUCGAUCAAACUCAUCAAGGAAUAAGGUUGAACAUAUGGAACAAGGAAUACGUUAGCAAAGCUGGAUGUUGGAAACCUAGAGAAACCAUAAUUUUUGUGACAGACGUGAAGAUAGAUUGGUCUGGAUUCCACAAAACAAUAGUGGCUACCUUCAGUUCGAGAUCUAUAUUAACAGAGAAUCCGAUUGGAAAGGAAGCGGAAAAUCUAGCGAGAUACGCGAAAACUGCUCGAUUGGAAGCUCCAAAUACGUGGAACCAAACAUUUGACAUACCUGACGUAGAGAAAAUUCAGAACGUGAUGAGCAUACAGCAGAUUCAAAACCGUUUAGCCAUAGGCAGAGAAUCAACGCAAAACGUUCAGUUCACUGCACUCAUUUACGCCGUUGUCACCCAACUAGAUCUAGAUGGCUACAAUCGACUUACCAAUAAGAAAUGUGGACACUGCAAAACCCUUAUAAAAUCCACGAAUAUUUCGGGAAAAUGCGAGAACUCCGUAUGUCCCGUGGGACAGAAUCAAGAAUCCGUAGAGCCGGAAUUUCAGUUUGAUAUCAGGAUGAGUAUUUCAGAUCACACGGGACACUUGAAUGACUGCAGGCUGACAGGAAAAACAGCUGAAACCGUCUUAGGUUGCUCCGUUCGCGAAUUUUUGCAAAUGUCCGAGAGCGAUAGGGGCAAAAUGAAAUGGAAAUACCUGUUGGAAAGAUGCGCCAUUCGGGUCUUCGUUUAUUUCGAUAAUUAUCAAAGGGCGAUUGUCUCAGUUCAAGGGUGCAAUGUUGCAGACAGCCUGGAAGUAGCGGAGAGAAUUCCAGUGUAUUGAUCUUCGAGGAUAAUUGAAUUAUAUCCCAAUAAAAUCGGUUUUAAGCAGUAUCACAAACUCUGUGAAACUUUAACA